AUGGUGCUACUUGUGGCCUGCGUUCUGGAGGCCAAGACCAUCGAUUAUGACGCUCUCGAGAGACAAUGGGAGAAGGGCGACAUGGACGAAGAGCUGCUCUCGGACGAAGCUCUCGCCGCCAAACAGAACCGGAAGCAAGAGCUCGAAAAGUCCGAGAUGGUCUUCGUCACACUUCAGCCGUCGGAGCUCACGGCCUAUGCGGCGGCGCACCCCGACUAUGAGAAGCCGCUCUCGGAGCUGUGUGCGCUCUGGAAAAGCAUGCUACUCAACGGCGGCCUCGACGUUAAUUUUUACGAGCUCGAGGGUGCCAAGGUGCUUGCGGGGCUGCAGAAAGGAUCGCGGGUGCAGGAGCUCCACGCCUUCCUCUUUGAGCAGCCUCAAGUCGCUGAAAUCCAAUGGAACCAAGAGACGUUGUAUCCUCCGAGCGGCAAAAGCCACAAGCCACAAAAAGCCAGAAAAGCCAAAAAGGCUAGAAAGGUCAAGUCGACGCACCCCAAGACCGAGCUGUAG